CCCCGGCCUGCACCUGCGGGGGCGCGGGGCGGGGCGGAGGGAGCGGGCGUUCCUCAUGCCGCGCCCUUUCUCGCCCUCCUCAGCUUUCGGUUUCUUCGGAAGCCCUCGCUUCGGACGGGCUGGGAUUUUCGCUCCAGUAUUGAAGCUUUUUAGGAGGAGCCAUGGCCUCAGCCCCCAGCACCAAGAGGAUGAGGGAGGAAGCCACCUGCUCCAUCUGCCUGAACCUAAUGAUGGAUCCAAUGAGUGUCACCUGUGGACACAGCUACUGCUGCAGAUGCAUCACAGAUUUCCUUAAUAACCUGAGGCAGCUCCAACAUCUGCAGAAGGUAUUCCCUUGCCCCCAGUGUCGAGCCCUGUGUUCCAUGGAAAGUCUCCGGCCCAACAAGCAGCUGGGAAACCUCAUUGAAGCCAUCAAGGAGAUGGAACAGGGGAUAUCAUGUGGUGAGCACGGGGAGCAGCUGCAGCUGUUCUGUGAGGACGAUGGCCAGCUUAUCUGCUGGCGCUGUGAGCGGACAUCAUAUCACCAAGGGCACACCACAGCCUUGGUGGAGGACGUGUGCCAUGGCUACAGGGAAAAGAUCCAGAAAGCUGUGGCACAGUUAAAGAAACUCGAAGAGGAGUGUAUGGAUCAGAAGAAAUUCAUGACCAUGCAAAUAACUAAAUGGAAGGAGAAGAUAGAGACUCGAAGACAGAAGAUCCGGUGUGAUUUCGAGGCUCUCCAGAUGUUUCUUCAAAAAGAGCAGACAUCUUACCUCUGGAGGCUGGAGAAAGAGGAAAAGCAGCUUUUGAGGAAGCUGCGGGAUGGGGAAGCCAGUCUGGAGAAGCAGAGCCAGGAACUCAGGAACCACAUCCAGGGGCUGGAGGAAAGAUGUCAGGGUCCACCCCAGACACUGCUGAAGGAUGUGAAAGAUACUCUGGACAAGAGCUGGGCUGUGAAGCUGGAAGCACCAGAGACCUUCGUUUUGGAGGUCCUUACUACGUGCAAUGUUUCUGAGCUUUACUUUGAUGUGAAGAAAAUGUUAAAGAGCAAUCAAGUCAGUGUGACUCUGGAUCCAGCUACAGCUCAUCGUGAACUGACUCUGUCUGAAGACCGGAGACAAGUGACCCGUGGAUGGCCCCAGGAGAAUAUCGAGCCCUCUCCCAGGAGAUUUAGUACCUUACCCUGUGUCCUGGGCUACGAGGGCUUCAGCUCUGGAAAGCACUUCUUUGAAGUGGAUGUCGGAGAAGGAACAGGGUGGGAUUUGGGAGUCUGUGUGGAAAGUGUGCCGAGGGGUUCUGGCAUAAAGCAGAAGCCUCAGUGUGGAUUCUGGGCCAUCAGGUUGUGCAGAAGGAGAGGCUAUAUUGCACUUACCUAUCCCCCAACCCCUCUUUUUCUGAAUCCUCAGCCCUUGGUGGUGGGAGUUUUUCUGGAUUGUGAGGCCGGCCUUGUAUCUUUUUACAAUAUGACUACAGGUGUGCACAUCUUCACCUUCCCCAAGACCUCCUUCUCUGAUACUGUCCGACCCUAUUUCCAGGUGUAUCACUGUUCUCCUUUGUUCCUGCCUCCCCCAGGUGAAUAGGAAAAUGAGCAGGGAGUAUAAUUUAGAUACCGUAAGGGCAGAAAUCUGACCUCUUACCUUGCACAAUGAUGGGCUUUUAGUGGAUACUUAAUAAGCCUGCUCUGGAUUAACGGAUAUUUAGACUAUUAAGAUGCCACAAAAGAUCAGCCCACACUGAGGGAAAGCAAGAUAACAGUGACAAUCAUAGGCUGCCUGCCCCAUCCAGCCCUCUUCCAUGGGCCCAGGGCUUUGGCUUCGCAAGGGUCCUUGAGCAGGGUGCCCCCAAAGUUAGGAAACCUUCCAGGUUAUUUGGUACCAUUGUAGUUUGUAAGGAUGGGGAAAGGAAAACUAGAGGAAGCUAUGGUUGUCUCGCCCAGUGCAUAAAAGAGCAGGGAAAUGAAAAAAAAAAAAAGGCAGCAGUUGUCCCAAGCAUGCACAGGUGCAAUAAUCCUCUGAGCUGCAGUCCUGAAGGCUGCCAGAUCCCAGGAGCUUCCCUGGGAAAGAUUCAAUAUAUAAGAAGUUAAAAUUGCCAAAGAGAGAAGGAGGUUGAUAUUUGCCACACUGUGCUAGAGCCAGCUAUCUUGAAGUACUUCUUUCUCAGUAAGUAGUUGUUGCUGGAAUGAUUGUGGGCAGUGUUAACAAUGGUUUGGAUAUGAUGUAAAUAGACCUUAACUAUUUAAAAGUCUCUUCUAACAAGUACAUUUUAAUAAAAUCAAAUUAUUGUACCUGGGUAUCCUAAGGACAAGCCCGUAGUCAAGUGAGCCGAAGCAUAAGCAGUGUUAAUGAUGACGAAAACUACAGCACAUAGUUCUAAUUCAGAAUUGAUACCAAAGCUGAUAGUUACCGGUCUUAGUAUCCUCUGUCAUCUGUUUAAGUUAAAAGAAAUGAGGUGGUUUCUAGCUGUCAGACAUGCUUCAGUCUCUACCUCUAUCCAAAUGGACAACACAGGAGAAGCCAAAUGACCACCCAAAUACCCCAUCUGAGACAAAAUAAUAGCAUAUAAAUUAGUCAAGCUGCCACCUUCCACCCCACCUACCACUGACCCUCUGCCCUACCACACACAUACCAGGAAGGGCAGGAGAAAACACUUGAGACUUGUACCUGGAGACAGUAUCAGGGAAAUC